CAUUCACACUCAGUGCAGCCAACUCUCACACAGACAGACACCUGGAGUCCAACGACUGAUGAAAUCUUUUCUGUGCGUGCUCGUCUGCUACAAAGCUGACUAAGGCGCACAGCAACUGGGAUUCUGACUUUGGCUGCACAGACAGAAAACUCACUAACUCACCUGGAGAGCAUAUAUAGAAUCACACUCACUCAUUUUUGAGCUGCUCACCACCUUUCACUGCUUUUUUAAGAGUUGUGUAACUUGCUAUCUUACCUGGUCGAAAGCCAGUUGUUUGUCAGCUGGCAAUGUCGUGGGACUGUGGUCUCAGGUACAUGUUCUCUGUGCCGCCUGCGCUGCAGCCGGGCAGCAAGUGCAUCCUGCAUGACAAGGAGGACCUGUCCAGGCUGGAGAUGGUCCAGAGACUGGCCAAGGAUGGAUGCCGCUUCCUGCAAAACCACAGCAAAGGUCCAGAGAAGACGAGUGAGCCCCAGAGUGACGAGGCAGUCCGCUUGUGUCUGAGGGAGAGGGGCCACGAUGUGCUGGUCCUCCAGAGAGUGUCGUCACAGCAGCCAGCCCUCUCUGCGUCGGCGAGGGGAGGAGGGGGGAGAGAGGAGGCGAGGAGCAGGAGGUACGUGGUCGUAUCGGGGACCCCUGAGAAGAUCCUGGAGCACCUGCUGAGUGACCUGACGCUGGAUGAGGACCGCGGGAUGAUGCAGGGCAAAGAGUCAGAUACACUGCUUGAUGACUUUCUGCUAACCUACCCAGUGUUCAUGUCGACCAGUGAUUUAUGUCAAGCUCUACUGGGCCACUAUUGCACCAAGCGGCACAGAGGCAAAGAGGACCGGAAAGAGGCUCUGGAGAGGAAACAAAAACUCCUGCACCUGGUGUCGCAGUGGAUGUCUCUCUGCAAAGACUUCCUGAGAGAAGACGAGCACGUCAAACUCUUCAUGAAGACUUUGUAUCGUUACGUGUUGGAGGAUUCCUACGAACACCCAGCCCUGGAGAAGGAUGUGGGGGAGCUGCAGAAGCUCUACCAGCUGCACCGCAGACAUACGGUGGAUGAAUAUUCCCCUCAAAGAAAGAGCAAAGCGCUUUUCCACCAAUUGAGCCUGAAAGAGAACGGGCUGCAGUCCAGAAGCACACAGAGGGAGACCAAGGAAGUGCUGUGCCAGGUGUACAUCACCAUGGAUUCAUACCUAAGUAUGAGGGUCCAUGCUGGGGUAGUGGCCCAGGAGCUGGUGCAGGCAGUGGCUGCACAGAUGGAUGUCCCCCACGGGGAACUGGUGCUUGUGGCCAUCACGUAUCCUGGAGGUAGACUCCUCCUGCAGCCUCAGGACAGAGUUUUCUCCAAUUCUUUACGGUCGGUGGGGCGACUGCAUGUCUGCAGGAAGGAUCUCGGUGAAGUUCUGAACCCAUUCACAGACAACUCAGAGCUGCAACAGAGAACAGCUCGCAUGCUGAGUUUAAACACAUGGGAUGUUGCUGUCGCUCUCACCGACUUCGAUCGGACAAUUUUCGACUCGAUGCACGAGCAAGAACUGGUCUACUUCACCUUCAACCGCCAUGUCACCAGUAACCACACGAUGGCUUUAGAGCUGCUGCUGCAACGCUGCAAUGAAGUCCAGCUGUGGGUGGUGACUGAGGUGCUGCUGUGCUCGACGCUCUGCAAAAGAGUCCAACUCAUCAAGAAGUUCAUCAAGAUCGCUGCACACUGUAAGGCUCAGAGGAACCUCAACUGCUUCUUUGCCAUUAUAAUGGGCCUGAACGCUGCAGCUGUUGGCCGCCUCAGUCAGACAUGGGAGAAAAUACCUGGGAAAUUCAAAAAGCUGUUUUCAGAGCUGGAGACAGUUACAGAUCCCUCGCUGAACCACAAGGCCUACAGGGACUCCUUCAAGAAGAUGAAGGCUCCAAAGAUUCCCUUUCUUCCUCUGCUACUAAAAGACAUUACAUUCAUUCACGAGGGCAACAAGACGUUUCAUGAUAACCUGGUCAAUUUUGAAAAGCUGCACAUGAUAGCAGAAAUGGCGCGGCUCAUCCGACAGUGUCAGAAAGAUCCCAUGGGAAAUGCAAUCCCCCAGAAGAGCAGCUCAGACGUGCGAGCCUACAUCGACUCCCUUCACAUCAUCGACAAUCAGCAGACUCUGUUCGAACUGUCACACAGGCUGGAGCCUCGUGCUUAGAGAACAGCUCUCACUGUUCUUCCCACUGUGUCAGCUGCUACGUCGGAUCGCCAAGGAACAACCUGUCGCUGUCGCAUCUUUCUAUCUCUCAGGACUCAGUCAGCAAUCACAGGAACUCUGCAUGAUCUUGGCCGACCGCAGGAGGGAGCCGUGCAAUCAGGAGACACUCACCACCAGAGGCAAGCAGGAAAAGACACGUCUUCGGUUAAAUGCAUGAAUGUUUGCAGAGAUCCACAACAGCGUCGCUCAUCCGAAGCACCGAAAAGCAGUCGCAGCCAAUACCACCCGACUGCAGUGCCAGAGGUUUAACUCCAACUUACGGUGCAGCAAGAGCAGCAGUUUUGAGCUGCAGCCGUUUAUCAAUAUGCAUUAGUCUGAAUAUCCAAAACCAAUAAUUUGUGUCUGGAGCAGAGGAGGCUACAGUUUCAGGAUUACAAUUGUAAAAGUACAAUUUUAGGGACUUUGUUUGUUGCAAUAGCGCCACCAACUGAAGGGGACGAUUGCUACAGUGUGCAACUGAUAGUUUUAAUUGUUUACAACACCCAAAACGCGACGUUCUCGCCUAGAAUUUACAGUUUUAAAGGUUUAACCAACUCAAUUCUACUUUCUAAUGAAUGAGUUAUGGUUUUCUAGGUUUAUUCCAUUCAAAAUGCUACUUUGUGACCACGGAAAUAUAGUUUUAAAGGUUUACUCAACCCAAAUAUUACUUUCUAACAAACAAGUUAUGCUUUGAAAGGCUUAUUCCACACUAAAUACUACUUUCUGACCACGAAAAUAUAGUUGAAAAGCUAACCAAAAUAGCACUUUCUAACAAAGAAGUUGUGGUUUAAAGGGUUUACUCCCUCCAAAAUACUACUUUCUGUGCAAGUAUUUAUAGUUUAAUUCCACCAAAAUCACAGUUUCUAAUGAACAAGUUUUGGUUUUAAAAGGUUUAUUCCACACAAAAUACCAAUUUCUCUCACCGUAAAUAUAGUUUCAAAGGUGUACUCAACCCAAAUAUUGAUUUCUGACAAACAAGUUAUGCUUUUAAAGGUGUAUUCCAUCCCAAACUGUCCGUAGUUAGUUUGUUUUAAUGUCUUUGUGCUAGAAAAGUCAGCUCCCCUUAGAGUAAACAAGUAGUUGCUAUGUUUUCAGCCCAAAAACAUGUAAAUGAAAAACAAGGGCCCUAGAAAUGUGGUCCUUCAACUGUGAUAAUGGAAAUGCAGCCUCCUCUGCUGCAGACACUCCUUUCAGCAGGGACAGGAAUGAACGGCAAAAGGAUAAAUGCAUACAUGUUUGCAUAGAUCCAUGAAUAUGCACCUGAAGGCAGUUCCAGCCAAUAUAGUCGAACCACAGUGCCACAAGUUUAACUGCUACAACCGCAGCAGACAUUUAUCAACACGCCUAAAUCUGUGGGUCCAAAACUGCUUCUGCUGUUGUUCCUUUUUCAUCCUACAGAUGGCAGAUGUUGGCAAAUACAGAGCUGAUCUAACUGUGACACACAACAGUAAAAUGCUCCCCUUGGUGGAGAAUCAGCAGCCUGCAAGUGAAGAGCUUCCAUCUAAUCGAACACUGUAGAAAACAAAUAUAGUACGUGUGAUUAAUUCCUACUCAUUAGGUCCCAUCAGAUCAUAAAAUACAGAUUGGCUUGUGACACAUCUUUUUCAAACAGUGUUUACAGAUCUGGCUGCUUCAUCAGAUUUUACCAAAGAAGAACUCCGGCUAAGAAAAUCCUCCACACACACACUCCGGUGUUCUCGACACAAUCCGCAUGUUCUCUUUGCCAGAUGUCAGACUCCUGAAGGGAAUCAGUACACCGUAUGCACAACAACAACAACAAGCUGAUGUCUUACUGAAAUCAAGAUGACAGAAAUAGUGGAAAUGAUUGUUAAAUGUUCAACAUUUUCAUAUAUUUUCCUUGUGUAUUUUUUCAUUGCAGAACUCUCUUACCAUACAGUAUUUUUAUUACAUAACCAUAAAGUGCAGUGUAUUAGAUGAGGCAUACAGCGUGUAUUAGCGCAGGACACUAGAGGAGAAUAUAUGGUCGACUGUAUUUUAAUAGCGUGUGAGCUAUAAUUAUGUAUGUCAGUGCCAAAUCUCAUAAAAAGAGCCAUUCAAAUUGAUGCUAAUUGCUCCCCUUUUCAAAGGAUCUCCAUCUAUGUAGUCGAGCUGUGGACAAUCAGCUAAUGAAGAAGCACCUAUACUGUUACAUCACUGUAUUUGGUCUUCAGAGUUCACAUUUUAACAGAAAACAUCUUGUUUUUCUUGUAAUUUUUCUGGUUAACCGUCAAGAUGAUUUUAGCUUGUGGUACUCAGAGAAAUUAGCAUUUAAAAACACAACCGGUCACUUUUAUCUUGAUAAAUGGGUAAGUUUUAUUAUGUUUUUCGGGUUAAAUGUCCAUGUUAGUUAAGAGCAAUAGCUAAAUCAAAAACUACAGCACCUUCUGGAUAAAAACCAGUAGAGACAGAUGAAGAAAAAUAGAAGCCAUUUGCUCCUGUGCAGUGUGUAGUAACACUAUUGUUAAGGUUAAGUUAUCGGCAGAUUGAGAUAGGCUAAUUUAAAAAGGCAUUGUGAAAUGUUGUAGAUGGAAAAUUGCAUUAUAUUUUUAACUUUUUUUGUGCCUAUUUUGUAAUUUAAAGCUCACAGUCAUGAUCUUCUUUGAACUUUUAUCAUCAACAAUGUACAGUUGAUUCCAUUUAUACUGUGUAUAUAUGUUGAAAUUCAGGAUAUGGAUAUUUAUUUCCUUCAGAAUUAUUUAUUUGCUCUAUAAAUACUUGUUUCAGUUUAACUUUUUUUUUGUACGCACCGUUUUGGCUGGUCUGCAUGAUAUGUCGAACCAUGGACUGACCACCAGUGUCAACUGUGCAUGCAAUAAAAUAUUUUUCAUCAUCA